AUGUUUCAGGACCUGUACAUUAUGAAGAUUAAUGGCAGAACACAGUUAGUAGGUGACAAAGUAAUUCUUGUGCCAUACAAGAAGUCCCACGUCGCAAAGUAUCAUAAGUGGAUGCAGUCACCAAGAUUGCAGGAACUUACUGCAUCAGAGCCUCUUACUGAAGAGGAAGAAUAUGAUAUGCAAAAGUCAUGGUAUGAAGAUGAUAAUAAAUGCACAUUUAUCAUAUUAGACAAAGGAUGCUUUGAAGAAACAGGAUCUGAGGAGCAGUCCAUGAUAGGUGAUACUAAUCUUUACCUUAAUGAAGAUGAAGGGAAAUCUGUAGCGGAAGGAGAGAUAAUGAUAGCGGAAAUGGCUUUUGCAGGGAAGAAGCGAGGCUGGGAAGCGAUGCUCCUCAUGUUCCGCUACGGAGUGGAAUUCUUAGGAAUUGUGAAGUACCAAGUGAAAAUUGGUAUGUCGAACACUCCGAGUAUUUGUAUGUUCAAGAAGAUGAAUUUCUGCACUGUGUCUGAGUCACAAUUGUUCAAGGAGAUCACUAUGGAAAGUGAAGUGAAUGAGACAUGGAGAACUUGGUUAAAUGAGAACACAAAACAUUUUAGUAUUGUUCCACAUGAAAAUGAAGAUCUAGGAUAA